GUUCUCCCGCUGGAUAAAUAGCGGGUUCGAUUGGUUUUUAACCUUGUCCGCGUUGGUCAACUUCUCUCUUCUGUCCAUUUUCUUCACCCGCUCAUUCUUCCCUCAACAUGUCUGACGUCGAAAAGGCUAACUCCACCCACCAGAACUAUGCGAAGGCCUAUGGCCCUCCACCAACGCGCAUCGCUAAUCCGGGUGCACUUGGUUUGUUCUCGUUCGCGUCCACGACCUUCAUUCUGUCGCUCUACAACGUGAACGCUCGUGGAGUUGUUGUCCCUAAUGUAGUCGUCGGCAUGGCCUGCUUCUGUGGUGGUCUUGCCCAGCUUCUUGCUGGUAUGUGGGAGUUUCCCCGCGGCAACGUAUUUGGUGCAACAGCUUUCACUUCCUAUGGCGCGUUCUGGAUGUCAUACGCCACUAUCUUCAUACCCGACUCCGGAAUUGUCGCUGCGUAUGGUACUAAUACGGAUGAACUGAAUCAGGCGCUCGGCAUUUACCUGAUUACUUGGUUUGUUUUCACGUUCUUGCUCAUGCUUGGAGCGCUGCGCCGUAACAUCAGUUUCAUCGCGCUCCUCUUCUUCCUGUGCAUCACCUUUGUGCUUCUUGCGGUCGGCAUCUGGACAAACAAGCUGAACGUCUCAAAGGCUGGCGGUGCAUUCGGCAUCCUUACCGCCAUGAUUGCAUACUACUGUGCUCUUUCGGAGUUGCUAGUCAAGGGAGAGAGUUGGUUUACCCUCCCUAUGGGAACUAUCAAGCAAGAGCGCGUGGACUGAACGCCGGGUUGAUCAAGUCCGCGUGGGAUAGAUAUUUAGUUAACAUCUUGCACCGUGGACGCCAGUCUAGGACUACCCAUUUUCACGUCUUUCCCUCAAAAAUGGUUAGCAUUCAAUCAUUCCACCCCAUCUACGUUUUGUCCUUUGAUACCCUGCGAUACCAUCCUCCAAUCUGACGACGCAUUUCGCAAUACUAUUCCCCACGGUCCUCAACCUGUAGAUCACUCCUUUGACUUUGGAUUCCCAUGUGUCUCGCACAUUCACAUUUCAACCUUUUGUUACUAUAUUCAACUGAUUCGUAAUGUUGAUAAUGCGACGAUUGAACAUCUUGA